AUGCUGCGUCUGAUCGGCGAGGCGAUCCGCCAUCCACUGCGUGGACAUCCCGACGACAGCCAGAUCGUCACUUGCAUUGCACAGUAUGAUGGUUUGUCUGAUGACAUGGCAGCUAAGCGGGACCGGCGCUUCGGGACCCUGCAAGUCGGCACUGCGGCCGUAGGGUCUGCGGGCAUCAAGACCACACCCGCAGGGAUGGAUCGGCUGGACGAGCUGGUGUAUAAGCUGGCACACCAGGCAGGGGGCGGGAACGAGUCCAGGUCAGGGGAGCUGGUUCAGUCCGCGCUGGUGCGGAAGAUCGGGGCCAUGUUCUAUGUAGUAGAUGCGGAGGUGGAGGUAGAUGUGCCCUUGUCGCAGUAG